AUGCCCUUCACCACACUGACUUUUGCUACAUCGCUGGAUUCGUCGCUCACCCUGUCGCCCGGCGCUCCCACUGCCAUUUCCGGACCUCGGUCCGAGGCCAUGACGCAUUACCCUCGAUCUCGCCACGACGGUAUUCUGAUUGGUGUUGGCACCGCCGUCGCUGACGACCCCAGCCUUAAUUGUCGCAUUGCCGGAGUCGGUGGUUAUGGUGGCGAUGGCCUCGACGGCCAGCCAAGACCAGUUGUUAUUGAUCCCACAGCCCGAUGGGAGUUUACCGACAACUCAAAGCUGUUCAAGCUAUGUCGAGAGGGCCGCGGGCGUCCACCAUGGGUCGUCACGGCACUCCGGAAACCACCAGCUGACAUACGGGCACUACUGGAGAAAUACGGAGGCAAAUACAUCAAUGUGGAAAUCCCUACCUCGAACAUUGGCGAGCAUCACCUUGACUGGAAUCUCCUGCUCGUGAGGUUCAAGGAAAAUGGACUCAACAGUGUCAUGGUUGAAGCUGGUGGCCAGAUCAUCAAUUCUUUGCUCUCGCCGCAGUACCAGCCAAACAUUGACAUGGUCAUCGUCACCAUAGCCCCAACAUGGCUCGGCCAAGGUGGAGUGGUCUUGUCACCCAGGAGAUGCUUCAAUGAUUCAGGAAUAGCUAUCUCAGCCGCGAGGCUGACUGGUGUUAAGUGGUACCCGUUUGGCGACGAUGUCGUUCUCUGUGGCCGGAUGAAUCUCUAG